AUGCUUGCUACAAAUAGAUUUCCGGUGCGAACGACACACCUCUACCGAGGUGCAUUCCCCGUCCAACGGUUUCUAUCAAGCUCUCGAUGUCUACCCAUGAGUACCCUUGUAUCCGGCCAGAGGACAAGAACACAGGUUGACCUCAAGUCAUUUACAAUAGCCAGUGCCGUGCCGGACAACUUGAAACCCUUGCGGCGUUUCUCCACCAUUAUUCCAAGCUCGAAAUCAUCAAGGGUCCCAAUCUCAAUCGAUAGCAAGACUCAGGAGUUCUCCCCACUGCUUUUGCGUGACUCCUGCCAUUGUCCGUUGUGCGUACACGAAUCAACCUACCAGCGUUUGUUCUCAACUGCCGACAUCCCUGCCGACAUCCAAGCCCGUUCGGUCGAGAUCGAUUCUGCCUCCCAGUCUGUGCACAUCAAGUGGGAUAAUGACGUCCCCGGUUAUGGCCAAGACCACACAACGAACCUGAGCAUAGCGUCUCUUCGAGAGAUAGUUGAGUCGGGCUCUCUCCCUGGCUUAGGCCGAGACAAGCACGCCGCGCAGGUUCUGUGGACUCCGGAGCCUUUGCCAAACUUGAGAGACUUCGACUACGACGAGUAUAUCAAGGAUGACGAAGAAGUCUAUAAGCUAAUCCACCAGCUUCGGACUGAUGGCCUGGCGUUUGUUACAAAUGUUCCUGGCAAGGUCGAGUCAUUGGCCACGAUCGCUGAACGCAUUGGUCCCGUCCAGGACACCUUUUAUGGCCGCACAUGGGAUGUGCGUACAGUCCCUCAAGCCAUUAACGCCGCAUACACGUCCGCAGAUUUGGGAUUCCAUACCGACUUACUAUACUUCCAAAACCCUCCCCAUGUCCAGCUCCUCCAUUGCGUCCAGUCUGCAUCCAAAGGAGGAGCCAGCGUCUUCGCUGACGCCUACAAGUCGGCAGUCGACUUAUUCCACCUGGAUCCAGAGGCAUUCGAGACCCUUGUCACAGUCCCCGUCAACUACCACUACAACCAUCCUAACGACAACGUGUACCGCACGACAAAGCCAGUCAUUGACCUACGCCCACUCCGAAUUGGCGAAAAGGUGUAUACACGUGUUCAAGAUUAUGCCCAAGAAUAUCACGAGCUCAGUAUUAAGAAUGGAGGUUCUGGAUGGAGCGACUCGGUGCUCGUUGAACAUAUGCUGAAGAUCAAUUGGGGGCCUCCAUUCCUCGCACCCUUCUCGAAUCAUCAAGACCCCUUGGUUGAGAACAGUUGCGACAAAUCACCUCUAUCAGCACUGAACGAUAAGAUAGACGCAUGGCACGCAGCUGCGUUCAAGUUUAACGCGUUGCUCCAGCGGUCAGAGUAUUUGUUUGAGCGCAAGAUGAAUCCUGGUGACUGUGUCCUUUUUGAUAACACAAGAACUUUGCACUCGAGGAGAGCUUUCGAUAUGGCGGAUGUUGGAAAGCCACGAUGGCUGAGGGGAACUUAUGUCGAUAAAGAUUCAUAUUUCAGCAGGCUGCGAGUCUUGAAAAACAGAUUUGGCUAA